CUGGACCGCGCGCUCUGGUCACCUAGCAACGGCGCAACGCGCAACGAUGGAGGCCGGCGGCAGCCGGGAGCGCGAGGCCAGGAAUUACCUGGAAAAACAUCGGAUCAUGGAGUUGCUAAAGUAUCUCACCAGCGUCCUCCUCUUCAUCCGGCCGGAAAAACCAAGAGAGUAUUUAAUAGCUAUCUUGGAAAAACUGAGAAUUGCCAAAGCAACAGGUGUGGCUUUCCCUUUCUUUAUGGAUCACUCGAACAUCACGGCUAUGUUUGACAUGAUGGACUCCUCGAAGAAAGGCACCAUAUCAUUUGUGCAGUACAAAGAAGCCCUAAAAACCCUGGGUCUGUGUCCUGCGGAUGAAGUUUUAAAAGAUGAUGGGCAUGCAAUAACUUUGGAUAAGUUCAAGAGUGAAGUGAAAAGAAUGAGGCCCAGGGCUCUGGCCUGAAACGUUUCAUCCAAAACAAAGGAUACCACUGUCAUAUGGAAUGGAACUAGGAAGUAUUUUGAAUGGAAGGACACUUGUGGAAAAUGAGCGCCAUCCUAUUUAAUUUCCAAACUAGACACAGGAACUUCACUCACAACCAUGCAUUCUAAAGUGAUU